AUGGAGGAAGUGAUGGAGGAGGUGAUGGAGGAGGAGAUGGAGGAGGUGACGGAGGAGGUGACGGAGGAGGUGAUGGAGGAGGUGACGGAGGAGGUGACGGAGGAGGUGACGGAGGAGGUGAUGGAGGAGGUGACGGAGGAGGUGACGGAGGAGGUGACGGAGGAGGUGACGGAGGAGGUGAUGGAGGAGAAAGAAGCAUUAGUGAACAUGUCCAACCCGAAACCACAAAGAAAAGACCCGAAAGGGUUCAAAAACGAUGAAACCAAGGUAGGCCAGAAGCAGCUAACGCUAACAGAAGCUAUGGCUAACGAUGCUACACAAACCCCAUUGAAACCAACGGAGGAAGCAAGCACUGAGAAUGUUGUGCUAGCCGAGCUGCGGAAGCUAAGACAAGAAAAUGCGUCUUCAUUUCGAGAGUUAAAAGAUUCAUCUAACAGGCUGGAGACUAAACUGGAGGAACUGCACCAGAAGACGGAGAGUCUUGAGGGAAGAGUGAUGGAAACGGAGAACAGAGUGAGUGAUGUAGAAGACGAACAAGCGAAACACAAGAGAAUGCUAAGUUACUUGCUACGCAGAGAGACUGAGCUAGCUAACAAAUGUGAUGACAUCGAGAAUCGGAUUCGCCGCAAUAACAUACAAAUCUACGGGAUCCCAGAGCUAGCUGAGAAAGAUGACAUGGUGACUUUUGUGACAGACUUCCUGAGAAGCACCAAAGUUUUCCCCUCGCUGCUGGAGGCACGUUCUACACUGGAGGAGCUCGGAGUGACAGUGGACAUAGAUGACAGAGAGGCGCUGGAAAUGGAACUGGCACAAAACUCUUGGACAUCACAACCCGAGAACUCGCAUCAGAUGCAUUACAUGGUGCUGGAGGUGGAGGAGGGAGUGCUUCGUCACAUCACAGAGAAACUGCUCAAUCAGGACUAUCAUCAUGACAGCUUCACCCUCACAAACAUCACCAUGACGACAGAGUGCGACGUGGACCCGGUCCAGGACCAGAGGACCUGUCACUGUAGAGAGGGGUUUGAGUGGAGUCCUGCCUCCUGCUCUGAGACCAAGUGCUGCAGGAACCAGAUCUGCAAGAACCCACUGUACCACUGCAGCUCCAAGCAGACAGUCUCGCCCCGGCCCCUCAGUCUCGCCCCGGUCCCUGAGUCUCGCCCCGGUCCCUCAGUCUCUCCCCGGUCACUCAGUCUCGCCCCGGCCCCUCAGUCUCGCCCCGGCCCCUCAGUCUCGCCCCGGUCCCUCAGUCUCUCCCCGGUCACUCAGUCUCGCCCCGGUCCCUCAGUCUCUCCCCGGUCCCUCAGUCUCGCCCCGGCCCCUCAGUCUCGCCCCGGCCCCUCAGUCUCGCCCCGGUCCCUGAGUCUCGCCCCGGUCCCUGAGUCUCGCCUCGGUCCCUCAGUCUCGCCCCGGUCUCUGAGUCUCGCCCCGGUCCCUGAGUCUCGCCCCGGUCCCCGAGUCUCGCCCCGGUCCCUGAGUCUCGCCCCGGUCCCUGUGUCUCGCCCCGGUCCCUCAGUCUCUCCCCGGUCACUCAGUCUCGCCCCGGCCCCUCAGUCUCGCCCCGGCCCCUCAGUCUCGCCCCGGUCCCUCAGUCUCGCCCCGGUCCCUCAGUCUCGCCCCGCUCCUUCAGUCUCGCCCCGGUCCCUCAGUCUCGGCCCGGCCCCUCAGUCUCGCCCCGGCCCCUCAGUCUCGCCCCGGUUCCUGAGUCUCGCCCCGGUCCCUGAGUCUCGCCCCGGUCCCUCAGUCUCGCCUCGGUCCCUCAAGUCUCGCCCCGGUCUCUGA